AUGUUAACUAAAAGUACUCCAAUGCCCUCAGAUGAGGAGCUAAUAGUACCUCAUGAAAUCACUCUUUCAACGCCUUACUUUAAAGCCGUUAUACCAUAUAUGCACAGAGCAUGUGAGAGAGAAGUUAAAGAUUUUAUGUUGCGUCGACAGGAAACUGAAGAUCCACGGCUUUCACUAAGAGAAGGUCAGGCUCUUACCGCAUGCGGUAUCAAAUUUUUACAAGCACUGAAAAAGGUUUGCAAUGAAAAUGUUGAUCGUUAUGCUGAUUGUAUUGAUCACCGUACUUCCAAACUCUACAUUACACCUUGCCGUGAACAACAGCGUCGUUUGGAUAUUUGCGUGGAAGAAAACUUGAACAUUAUUCGACCAAGAGUGGGAUAUUUCAGCAAAUUACAUGUGCAUAACGCACACUUUCCAAGACAUGUACAUUACACACGAGAUUAUAAAGCAGAAGCUGCAAAAGUAUUGGCGGAAUUACCAGAUGAUUAUCAUUUGCGUGAAGAUAGUCGUGCUUAUGAACAACAGCGCUACAGUUUCUUCGAUAUAUGA